UUGACUGUUUUCCAAUAUUAAAAAUGACUCAUUUUCAGUGGUUUAUAUUCUUUUCCGUAAGAAACGGAAGAAAUCUGUAUGCCGGAGACCGUUUAGCUCUUGUCGCCAUGGUAACAGCACACUUAGCAAAGCAGCUAAUGCUAGCCCCAAAAAAAGAAGUUUUUGAAGUUAGCUAACGUCUUUACGGGCAGCUGGAUGCUACGUUUGUUAUUCAAAAGCGUUUAGAGAAAGAUGGAAAGAUUCAGAUAUGACUCGGGAGCAAAAACUAUCCAUGAAUCAGCGCAGGGUGUGGUUCUCAGAGCGGGUAAAGACCUCCCUGUUGUCGGCGACCUCAGGGUCCUGGACAACCUGCGGGCCCUGGAGGAGACCUGCCGGGUGUCCUCCUGCUUCUUCGGGAAAGUUCAGAAGGACAUCCAGCCGCACAUGAGGAGGAUUGUCACCGUGUGGAUGUUAAAGGUGUGUGAGGAGCAGCUGUGUGAAGAGGAGGUGUUUCCGCAGGCGGUGCACUAUAUGGACUCUUACCUGAGCCGUUUUCCUAUCGAGAGGUCCAAGCUGCAGCUUUUAGGGGUGGCUUGCAUGUUCCUGGCCUCCAAAAUGAGAGAAACUGUCCCCCUGACAGCUGACAAGCUUUCUAUCUACACAGACAACUCUGUCUCAGUCUCAGAUAUUUUGCAGUGGGAGGUGGCGGUGGUUUCCAGGUUAAACUGGUGUCUGGCCUCUGUGGUCCCCUCUGACUUCCUGGAGUCCAUUCUUCACGCUCUCCCUUUCGUCCAGGCCCCUCACCUCCAGCACAUCCGCCGACAUGUUCACUCCUACAUCGCUGUGGCAACAAUGGAUUGCAGGUUUUUGUCCUUCCUGCCCUCUACUCUUACAUGUGCCUGCGUGAGCACUGCCAUACAGAAGCUAAAGAUGGUGGACAGCCACAGCUUAGAGUCAGUUAUCACGUUUUUGGCCAGCCUGUUGGCUGCUGAUCUGGGUGCCAUCAUCUGCUGCUGCGAGCUGUUAGGAAGCGUGCUGGAGCUCAGUCUGCCCUCCUGUUUCCAGGAGGGAGUUGGCAGGAGAGAAGCACACAGUUCAGAGAUCAGCUGCACUCCUGCAGACAUCCAGGAUGUAAUCCUGACACCGCUUACACCAUCUCAGGAAAUCAAGCUCAAAAGUUCCUCCCUACCAUGAACUGUUCAGAUGAUUUAAACUGCAGCCAGAAGACUAAAUUUGGGAAGCAGCGAAAUUAUAUCCACACCCCAAUUUCUAAAUGUUAUUUUCCUCAUUAUGAUG